CAUGUUGGCAGGAUGACCCAAAAGACAGACCUGAUAUUCAAUAUGUUGAAACAAUGCUUAGAACAAUUUCAGGCUCAAAUAUAGUUGAUAUAGUUGAUAAAGAGGAAAAUAAUGAGCAACAAAAAAAUGAAGACAAUAGUUCUUUAAGUCAUCCCAAUAUUAAUUUAAUAGAGCCUAUUAAUGAUACACUGGAAACAAAGUUUGAUAAUCUUGGAUGUUUAAAAUAG